CUUCAGUCGCAAUCUCCUAUCGACAAUCACAGGCCUCAACUUAUGGUACGCGCUCAAAGGCCUUGGUCUCUGCCAUGAGGGCCGCCGUACGUCCACGGUAUCCAGCGAGAUGGCUUACAAUAUUGCCAUGGUCUGCGACUUCUUCUUCCCACAGCCUGGAGGAGUCGAAAGUCACAUUUAUCAACUCUCAACAAAGCUAAUCGAUCGUGGGCACAAGGUGGUAGUCAUCACGCAUGCGUACAAAGAGCGGACUGGAGUGCGAUAUCUCACCAACGGACUUAAAGUCUACCACGUUCCAUUUCUGGUCAUUUUCCGGGAGUCAACCUUUCCAACAGUCUUCUCCUUCUUCCCCGUCUUUCGCAACAUUGUCAUUCGGGAGCGGAUCGAGAUUGUACAUGGACAUGCAAGUUUGAGCAGCUUUUGCCAUGAAGCGAUUCUACAUGCUCGGACAAUGGGCCUGCGGACCGUCUUUACCGACCAUUCUCUGUUUGGCUUUGCGGAUGCUGGAUCUAUCUUGACCAACAAGUUGCUCAAGUUCACGCUCAGUGACAUUGAUCACGCCAUUUGUGUCAGUCAUACUUGCAAGGAGAACACCGUACUUCGAGCUUCACUGGACCCUUUGAUGGUAUCAGUUAUUCCCAAUGCGGUGGUGGCGGAGAAUUUCCAACCUCUAUCUUAUACUCCUCAGACAUAUAAUGCGGAUUACAGUGCCGGAUACGCUCGACCCCGGCCCUUGCCUCAAAGGGUUGGGCCUGACGACACCAUCUAUAUCGUGGUGAUAUCCCGGCUGUUUUACAACAAAGGAACCGAUCUCUUAAUUGCGGCGAUACCGAGAAUUCUAGCCGCGCAUCCGAAUGUGCGCUUUAUCAUCGCCGGGUCAGGGCCCAAGGCCAUAGACCUGGAACAAAUGCUCGAGAGACGGAUGUUGCAAGACAAAGUUGAGCUGCUUGGCCCAGUGCGGCAUGAAGAAGUGCGAGACGUCAUGGUCAGGGGCCAUAUUUACCUACAUCCAAGUUUGACCGAGGCAUUUGGCACUGUCAUUGUGGAGGCUGCAAGCUGCGGACUUUAUGUGGUCUGUACGCGAGUGGGCGGCAUUCCUGAAGUCCUUCCGGCACACAUGACAACUUUUGCCAAACCAGAAGAAGACGAUCUGGUCCUGGCAACUGGAAAAGCCAUCGCUGCUCUUCGGUCGGGCAGAGUCAAGACGGAACGUUUUCACGACCAGGUCAAGAUGAUGUAUUCGUGGACAGAUGUGGCCCAACGAACAGAACGAGUAUAUGAUGGGAUAACGGGGGCGAUCAGCGAGCAAGAGUUCUAUGGUCAGGUCGGUAGUGCCAGCUGGAGUGCAGCUCGAGGCCGAUCGGGGGUGCAGAGCCACGCCUUGAUCGACCGAUUGAAAAGGUACUAUGGUUGUGGAAUUUGGGCGGGCAAGCUGUUUUGUCUGUGUGUCAUUAUCGACUUUCUCAUCUUUCUCUUCCUGGAGAUUUGGGCACCAAGAGCGAGUAUCGACAUCGCGAAGAGCUGGCCACGCAAACCAUUCAUCAAUGACAAGAACAAGCCAGUGGAAAAUAGAUGGACUCGGAGGAGAGGCACUGACCUUAUGGAUCGUCGCAAUGGUAGCCUUGUCAUGUGACUGAGUUGACCAGGAGUCUAGAUGGUUGGUUUGCAGAUGGUAUGGGGAAUCGACCAUGUCCAUGAUGUUGGAGUUGUCUGCCUUUGAGACAAUAGCAUGUCUCCAAAGUGAAGCAAUUAUAUACGAAGAGUGGCUCUGAUCGCCAUGUUAAUGUAGGAAUAUCAUGCUGUGUUGUGUUGUCGCG